UUUUUUGGAAUUUAAUGUUAGUACUACGGAUAUUGGUCAUAUUUAAAGUAGACUAUAUACCAAAAGCAGAGUAAGAUCAUACAUAGUAGAUGCACAGCCUUCUUGCUAAAUGAAAAGAAAACAAGUCAAGCCGGAACGAAGAGUGCCUGACUUUCAGUGUCGGAACACUGUACGAGCCAGUGGAAGUAACGUGGAAGGCUGAAAAGAUCAGUGGCAAUCAGACAGCAGCAGUAUGAAUUCAUGCUCGGAAAGAGCACUACUGAUGGGAUAUUUGCUUUGAGUGGAUGCUCAGGCAUCUCCACCGUUACAUUUUAAACGAAACUACCUCGUGCCAAGUGCCUUAAAGAUACAUAAUAUAAUUACGGCAGCGCAGAAAAAAUAACUAAAAGUCCCCGUGAAAGCGACUGGAAUAGAUCAACUACUGGGGGAGGGAAAGGAGUGAAAGGGUGAACUCGCUUCCAAAGCCGGAUCUUAAAGUGUGGCACCGAGCGGAAGUAAACACAGAAACUGGGCUGGUGGCGUAAACAUCGACUUGUGCGUGGGAACAAUAUAUAUGUAACAAGGCAAUAAUGCCUUCAGUUCAGCAUUUUAGACAGUUUUUCAACGAGCGACUAGCUGCUGCUGCUGAAGAAAUAUUCAGCGCUUUUGAAAAAACUAUCCUCGAGUACGAAGAAGAGAUCAGCCGUCAGCGCAGGCUGCUGGACAUCGCCUGGAAACCUGCGGUGAAGUUACCCAGGAUAGAGCUCCCCCAUCAACUUGCCUGUAAAGAGGAGGAGGUUCUUGCCUCUGACCAGCAGCCCAUUUUCCAGGAGAGGAACCCCAGGUUGGAUCAAGAGGUUAAAGAAGAACUCUGCACUAGUCAGGACAGAGAGCAUCUUGUACUGAAGCAGGAGACUGAUACUUGCAUUGUGCCUCUUACUUAUGAGAAAGGUGACAACACUGAAGAUCAGACUUUGAGAUUGAAUCCGAGUGAAUUAGUAAGUGCAACAGAAAAACAGUCCUUAGUCAAAAUAUCUAUUAAAACCUCAGAGGAAGCAGAGCUAGAUACCAACCACCAGCUCUUUUCUCACAGUUCCUAUUUAUCUAAAAGCCCUGACAAAGAAGACGAGCCUGAGGAUUGUAUGUCAACUGGAAAUGCAGAGACAAAACCACAGAAAAUAAGUCACAAAGUCAAUCAUAUACAUAAUCCUGCAAUGUUGAUGAAUUACUGUAAAGCACACGCAAGCAAAAAGUCUUUCAAAUGUGACACUUGUGGAAAAACAUUUCCAUUUAAUUCCAAAUUAAUCAGACACCUGCGAAUCCACACGGGCGUGAGGCCAUAUUCUUGCAACAUCUGUGGUAAAAGAUUCAAUCAGACAUCCAUACUGAAAGUUCAUAAACGAAUCCACACAGGCGAGAGGCCGUAUUCUUGCAACAUUUGUGGAAAGAGAUUUAACCAGACGUCAAUACUGAACGUCCAUAAAAGAACUCACACGGGCGAGAAGCCAUUUUCUUGUAACAUCUGUGGUAAAAGAUUUAAUCAGAAAUCAAUACUGGAUGCUCAUGUCAGAAUCCACACAGGUGAGAAGCCCUUUUCUUGCAAAACAUGCGGGAAAUGUCUUAGAAGUCGUUCUAGUCUGUUGGUUCACAUGAAAAAAACACACGGGCGAGCAACCGUAUUCUUGCAAGUCCAUGUGUGAAGCCAGACGUUUGCCAGACUAUCUGUAAAAGAAACAGCGCACAGAAAAUCUGCACAGGCAAUAAUUUUAUAAUUUUGUGUGCAGCAAUUAUGUGAAAUGAUUCUUUUAUGCAUCGAGUUUGAUACGGUAUCUAAGGCUGCAUUCGUUCGACUAAGUGUUUGUAUAUGCAAAUUAUACAAUAUAGAGUUUCAGUUUUUCCCUUCAAGACUAAAACAAACCAGGAAUAUUUAAUUACACCUCAAUCUUAUACUUCAAUGCUUACAUUUGAUAAUAAGUGUUAGGACCUUAUAAAAAGCAUUAACCUGUUUAGGGGAUACACAGAUAAGGCAGAACCAUCAGCUGUGGGCACAAAUGGGUCAUGACACACUCAUUCGUUAAGCACAGAUGGAAAAGUCCCACUUAUCGAAAACUACAUUCGGCUGCUCCAUUGACACAAGGCGUAGUCACAGCGGAUUUUUAGAGGGGACUGUAAAAGGGAUUUAUGAUUUGUUUUUCCCCCACGCUCCCUUGCAGAUUGGUUGUGGGGGUCUGAUAUAUCAAAAGCUUCUCCUCCUUGUCUCCAAACACGUCUUUGGUGACUAUAGCUGCUAAAACCCAGUUUUGAUUUCUUGACCCAGUCACCACAUGACUUCUGUAGAUGUUGACUUUUGUGAUGAGGGUGCACGUCAGGACCAUGUUGGCAUAUUAGGUCUCAGUGAUGCAUGAUGCUCAUUCACCCACGUGUCAGCAAAACCUUCCUGCAGCUCCUUUUCAAACACAUAAGGGUUUGGAAUAGUAGAUUUUCAUGCUUGAAGUGCCUUCAUGUCUUUAUAUCCAUCGUAUCGUAUUAUACGUAUAUUGCAUCGUAUAAAUUCUUUUUACAAGUCUGUUCACAGUAUUUAUCAGCUGGUCAAAUUUCAGCUGGCAAACUAAUACCACUUGCUGCUUCGGCUGGCUUCGAAGGCCUAGAGUUCCUAAAGAGAUGAGCCUUUACAAGAAGACAUGCAUAUGCCACAGUGUCUGUAUUAAAUAAAAUAUCUCUAAUUGUAACACUAUACGCCAUUUUCCUCUGUGCGCCUGAAUAUUUGUAUGCAACUGUACGUCUUCUUUGCGACAGCUCAUGAAUAUUUGUUUUGUAACUUUAACAAACAAACAACACCAACACAAAAAAGCAAUAAAGUCCAAAGGUAAAAGUAUCCAGUAACAGUGUUGCGAAAUACCCAUCACAAUUUCAUACAACUCCAGCUGAUGUUUGGAGAUAUUUUAUUUUGUUUAGCGAGGAGCAAAAGUGUGCACAGUUCAGUGUGACACAAGGUGAUUGGAUUGAAAUGUUCCCAGUUAAAAGUUUAGGAGUUAGAGUCAGACUAUGUUUGGUGUUUCUCAUUACAAAAAGUGACUGUUUAGCUUACUGCUCCUGAUUAUUGAUCCAUUAUAUCAUUUAAAAGGAAAUGCAGUACAGCAGGCUGUUUCUCAGUGUAUUUCUGCUGUAAUUGUGAAUGAGAUGCUUUGUGGAACUUUUGAAAGCACUGAAACCCUCAACAUGAAUUUGAAAAUUACAACAUAUUUAUAUCUGGCUUUAUUGUUAUAAUUCUGAGGCUGCUCUACAUAGCUCAGGCCAGCCUAGCAUUCAUUAGGUUACAUGUGUAUGUUUCUACUUUAAGGUAACACAGUGAAGAAAGCCUUUUACUGUAUCAGCGUUACAGUUUCCCUGUUAACAAAUGGUAGAAACAAGAAAACUGAAAUACUUACAGUAGUUACAGUAUUGUUUGCUUAUUUUUUUUUUUUAGCUUUUCUCUUCUCUUAUUGUAUACUGACGUGCAAAUUUACUAUUACAUAUAUAUAGCAAAUAGCAAGGUCUGAUUUUAGAUAACCUCUUGUCAUGUCUAUUGUAGAGAAAAAGAGUUAAGAUACAUGAUGCUGGAUCUAAAGGUACAACAUGUUUAUGUCUUUAUCAAACUUGCGUGUUGUUUAACUAAUGAAGGAAGUUAAUAGUUGCUGUUUAAAAUUAGUUAAGGGGAUUGAUUUAUUGAAGUAACAAUAGAUAAUAAAGGUGGCAUUGCCCAGUCAGUAUUUUAGGUUAUAUAACUUGUUUUACUGUAUUCACUGCGUUUAAAGAUAUUUAGAUACAAAAAAGAAUCCUGAGAGCCAUCUAUGCAGUCUGAAAGUCUGUGGCAUUGUGUUUAUUUUGUUCUUUGCAGUAUUUGUUGCCCUGAAAUUAUUAUAUAACUAUGUAAUGUUACAUUAAAUGCUCAGUUUGACUAGA